AUGGACAUUUUCACUGAACCAUCCAGUCAUAUCCACUGGUACGAGCGCAUGCUCCCUAUCGGAAACGGUACCAUCGACACAGCCUCUGUCGUGAACAACCACACAUAUCGAACCAACGCUGGCAAGUCAACGACGCAUAUUAUCAACAGCAUGGCAGGCAACAUCGACAGCCACAGUGAGUUCAGCAGUGGGAAGGGAUUGAGCAACAUCACGGCUGUGCUGGACAAAACACACUACGGCUUCAAUAAGAUGACUUUCCUCUACGAGACAACGUUGAAGUGGGAUUUGGUCCGUGGUGAUGAUUGA